GACAGUUUUCGCUCGGUGAUGACAAAAUGAAAAAUAUUUAGCAUAGCCAAAGCGUAACUACACCAAAAAACCAGCGUACAACGUUAAAUGAGCGCGAUAAAACAAUCGCACGGCCAUUAAAUCGUACCGUAACGUGUAAUUCUACCUGCCCCCCGUCGUGUUCAAUGUGCGCUUAGCCGUGGCAUUGGUACGGUUCCUACGUUGUUUUUCUCAACGCUCAGCUGGCCGCUCGUCGGCCAUCCUCGCCCACCGAUACCAUCGUAGUGGGCACGAAGCACAGGAUUUGCUGGAUUUGUGCAAAGGGAAUAAAAAUUCCGCUUCAAGCGCACUAAAAAGCUCCCUGCUCCACCAUGUCCAGAGAACAUAGCAGAAUGAACAGCGUUUUGCCGCCGUUCGUCACGACGAUCGAUAUCAACGAAAUCGAACAGAUUGCCACCGUCGGCAAAGGUUCCUACGGCACAGUGAUAAAAGCAAAAUGGAGAAACAAAUACGUCGCCGUGAAGUACAUGGAGGUGCUGACCGAGCAGGCAUUUACGGCGGAGGUGAGCCAUCUUUCCCGUGUGGCACAUCCGAACAUAAUCGAGCUGUACGGUGCCUGUACGGAGAAACCCAACUUCUGUCUCGUGAUGGAGUACGCGGACGGUGGCUCCCUGCACAAGGUGCUGCACAGCAGACCCCGGCCCGUCUAUACGGCGGCACAUGCGAUGAGUUGGGCGAGACAGUGCGCCGAGGGCGUCGCCUAUCUGCACGACAUGACUCCCCGGCCCAUGAUUCACCGUGAUCUGAAACCACCGAACCUGCUGCUAGUGAACAAUGGAACCGUGCUGAAGAUAUGCGACUUUGGCACGGUCACCGACAAGUCGACGCUGAUGACGAACAACAAGGGCAGUGCGGCCUGGAUGGCGCCGGAAGUGUUUGAGGGUUCGUCCUACACGGAAAAGUGUGACGUGUUCAGCUGGGGCAUCAUCCUGUGGGAGGUGAUAGCGCGGGAGCAGCCGUUCAAGCACAUCGACACCUCGUACGCGAUCAUGUGGCGCGUGCAUCAGGGCAGCCGGCCGCCCCUGAUCGACCACUGUCCGAAGCCGAUCGAGCAGCUGAUGGUUCGCUGCUGGGACAAGGAUCCGAUCAGCCGACCGUCGAUGAAGGAGGUGGUGAACGUCAUGAACGCGCUGUGCAAGCUGUUUACCGGCGAAAAUGAACCCAUCGGUAACGAAUUUCUGCCCGAGGAUGAGGACGACUCGUACGGGAUGGCGUACCCGAUCGAAAGCAAUGUGUCCGAAGGCAUGGACAAUGGAAUCGACACAAACAGCAGCCAUGGCACGAUCACGAAUAAAAACACGGUGCAGCGGUUACUGGACAUGCCCAGGGAUAGUCCGCUACGAAAUGUGCCAUCGAAUGUUCUACUGCAGCCGCUUCACGUUGAUGUGAAUCCGUUUGACCAACCAAUGGAACUGGGAAGCGGUGCACUGUACCCAGCCAACAGCCAAGGGACGGAAGGACUAACCGUCACAAAAUGUACCAACGCCCCCAUGGAUAGCGUUAGCAGUAUAAACAGUUCGAUCACAUUCAACAGUACAACCGGUCCAGGCAUCGCGGCACAUCACGAUCCGGCCAGGCUCACGAUGCCGCCAAAUGUCCCACGGCCCCUUGCCGAUGGAGGGGAGUGCAUUGAGGCAGAGCAGCAUCAGCAGGAGGAGGAGGAGGAGGAUGAGGAAGAGAACCGAGAAGGCAUUGUUGUUGGCGGUGGACGGAGCAGCUCGAAACAGAACGAAGCCGCCCUGGGAGACACACUGUACAGUAUUUUAGAUCCAAACCUAAGACCCCUAACGCCCGUACCGAACAAUCCGCUCUCGGAGCAGAUACACAACGAGCAUAAGCUGUUGGUGCAAAAGUAUUUUGAGUUUGAAACGCAAAUAGUCACCAGCAUGGCGCAAAGGGAAAUGCUUCAAAACAAUAUGCUACCCGAGGAGUUGCAGCUCAAGAAGGCCUACAUUAAGCGGCUAGAGGAGCGGGAAGCAUUGCUAAAGUUUAAAGCGAACCUGCAGAAACAGCUGAACGAUAAGAAUCGGCAGCAGCAGGCGAGACAGCAGCAGCAACAUCCACCACCGCUGCACCGGCAGGAAUCGGACUCGGAAUGGGUAAUAAUACAGCCAGCGGACUCCAGACCAAAGACAGACAAUCACAACUGAUUUCACAGACUACUAGACCUUAAGCAGUUUAGGCUAGAGACAAUAAACUUUGUGUGAAAAAAAAAGAA